AAAAUCAUUUAGAGCCCAGUCUGGGACUAUUUUGAAGAAUUCGCCAAAAUCACUCCCCACCACGGCAAAACAGUGAGGGAUACGCUCAAACGCAGUGGCAGACGGGCGGUGCAGCAGUGCCUUCAGUAUUGAUUCACAUAACAGAGAAUUAGCAAAACCCUCGACGAAGAAAAAUCCCCAAAAUCAAUCAUGGACAGUGCUCUCGCCAGCGCCUCAGCGAUCAGUGACCAGCGGCAAAAGAUCGAACAGUAUAAGCACAUUCUCGCCACCGUCCUCUCCUCCAACGAAGUCGCUCAGGCCAAACAGUUCAUUGAUCACGUGUUAUCGGAUGAUGUUCCGCUUAUGGUAUCAAGGCAACUUAUACAGACAUUCGCCCAAGAGCUCGGGAGGUUGGAGCCAGAGUUUCAGAAGGAGAUUGCCCGUUACACCCUCAACCAGAUCCAGCCUCGGGUUGUUUCUUUUGAAGAACAGGUGUUGAUAAUUAGAGAAAAACUUGCUGAGUUGUAUGAAUCUGAGCAACAAUGGUCAAAAGCUGCUGAGAUGCUUAGUGGCAUUGAUCUGGACUCUGGAAUGAGAGCGAUUGAUGAUAACUUCAGGCUGUCAAAAUGUGUCCAAAUUGCUCGUCUUUACCUUGAGGAUGACGACGCAGUUAAUGCAGAAGCUUUUAUAAACAAAGCUUCCUUUUUGGUUAGCAACAGUCAGCAUGAAGUGUUGAAUUUGCAGUACAAGGUUUGCCAUGCUAGGAUUCUAGAUUUGAAGAGAAAAUUCUUGGAAGCUGCCCUCCGUUAUUAUGGCAUUUCCCAAAUUGAGCAGCGACAAAUUGGAGAUGAAGAGAUUAAUGAAGAUGCACUGGAGCAAGCCCUUGCUGCUGCAGUAACAUGCACAAUUUUGGCUGCAGCGGGUCCUCAACGUUCUCGUGUUCUAGCCACCCUUUACAAGGAUGAACGUUGCUCUAAGCUAAAGAUCUAUCCCAUCUUGCAGAAGGUUUAUUUGGAGAGAAUUCUGAGGAAACCAGAAAUUGAUGCAUUUGCUGAAGAAUUGAAACCACAUCAGCAAGCACUUCUGCCCGACAAUUUUACUGUUCUUGAUCGAGCUAUGAUUGAGCACAAUCUUCUGAGUGCUAGCAAACUUUAUACAAAUAUAAGCUUUGAUGAAUUGGGCAGAUUGCUGGGAAUUGCUCCUCUGAAGGCUGAGAAAAUAGCUUCAAAAAUGAUCUACGAAGACAGAAUGAGGGGAUCUAUUGAUCAGGUUGAAGCUGUCAUACAUUUUGAGGAUGACACAGAGGAAUUACAACAAUGGGAUCAACAGAUUGUUGGAUUGUGUCAAGCGCUGAACAACAUUCUUGAUGGUAUGGCAACGAAAGGCUUACCAGUUCCUGUCUAAUGUAGCUUUCAUUUCAACUUCUAUACAUGUUAUCCUUUAAUAGAUUCAAGCUCUUUCCCAAAGUAAUCGUGUCAUAUUGCAAGAUUUGACACUUUUUUAGCACAAGGAACAUCGAUGUGUUAAUUGACAAUCUUUUGGUCCCAUGGUUAUCAGUUUGAAUAUUUUUAGUUCAUUA